UGUGGAAGACUAAGGGAACGCGGCAGAAGCCAGGAGAGGAGGCACGGCGGACAGCGCGGGCAGGCAGAGCUGUCAGGGGAAGGAUAGUGCUGCUUCGGGCACCCACGGCCGCAGCGCGGGGCAGCCGCCCCGGCCCGCCCGUCCGCCGCGCUCCGCCCGCCAGCCCUCCGUCCCUCCCGCUGGCACCAUGGUGGACAGGGGCCCCUUGCUGACCUCGGCCAUCAUCUUCUACCUGUCCAUCGGGGCUGCGAUCUUUGAGGUGCUGGAGGAGCCCCACUGGCGCUCGGCUACCGACGACUACAAGCGGCAGAAGACGGAGCUGCUCAAGCAGUUCCCUUGCCUGGGCCAGGAGGGGCUGGACAAGAUCCUGCAGAUUGUAUCAGAUGCUGCUGGAGAGGGGGUUGCCAUCACUGGGAACAAUACUUUCAACAACUGGAAUUGGCCUAACGCUGUGAUCUUUGCUGCUACUGUAAUCACUACAAUCGGUUAUGGAAAUGUUUCUCCAAAGACACCCUCUGGGCGUCUCUUCUGCAUAUUUUAUGGGCUUUUUGGAGUUCCUCUCUGCUUGACGUGGAUCAGUGCUCUGGGGAAGUUCUUUGGAGGACGUGCCAAGAGGCUGGGCCAGUUUCUGACGAAAAGAGGAGUGAGCCUGAGGAAAGCACAAAUUACGUGCACGGCUAUUUUCAUUGUUUGGGGUGUCUUGGUCCAUCUGGUUAUUCCUCCAUUUGUCUUUAUGGUGACUGAAGGAUGGAAUUACAUUGAAGGCCUCUAUUUCUCCUUCAUCACUAUCACCACCAUAGGAUUUGGAGAUUUUGUUGCUGGUGUAAAUCCAGAUGCAAACUAUCAUGCCCUUUACAGAUAUUUUGUGGAGUUAUGGAUAUAUCUGGGAUUAGCUUGGCUUUCGCUCUUUGUUAACUGGAAGGUCAGUAUGUUUGUGGAAGUCCACAAAGCAAUCAAGAAACGGAGGAAAAAAAGAAAAGAGUCAUUUGACAACCAUCCUCGGUCUAAAAAACCCCUUCAAAUGGGUACCUCAAAGGAUGUCAACAUUUUCAGCUUUCUUUCAAAGAAGGAAGAGACCUACAAUGAUCUUAUAAAGCAAAUUGGGAAGAAGGCCCUGAAAACAAACAAUGACAAAAUGAUUAUAGUCGAAAAUGCCAAACAAAUGAAUGCUAGUAUAGAUGUUCAGGUGACUUACACAAAGACAGAGUCAUUUGAGUAUGAUGAGGCUUCCCUGGACAUUCAAAAUGGUCAUGCACUGAGACCCCUGCAUGAUAAACGUAUUGGAGACAGCCCUUUAGAAGGAACCAUGUUUGUAAACCAGCUGGACAGGAUUAGUGAAGAAGAAGGCGAAGUGUGGGAUUCCAGAGACUAUCGACCCUUAAUAUUUGAGAAUGCCAAUAUAACAUUUGUAAAUGAAGAUGACGAUGAAGAGGAAGAUAUCUCAGAUGAUGAAGAAACGUCAAAAUCCUCCAUGGAUGAUAAUCUUGCAGAGGAAUCUGAAACUGCAAAAAAACUGGUAAAAUUCCCAUCCUCAGAUGAAUCUACCUUUACCAAUAAUGAGCUAGAACUUUCUGUGCCUUAUGAACAACUGAUGAAUGAAUAUAAUACAGUAAGCAAUGCGAAGGCUGCCACGUGAAUCUUGUUUGACAAUGGUUUUUUGAAAGUGGUCAGUACAUAAAGAACAUAUAGCAGAGCAAGGAGAAAAGUAUGUUUUUACAGCAUCUCCUAUCUCUUUGAAAACAAAAGCAAGUCCCAAACUAAGAAACUCCAGCUUCCAUUUCCCAUCAUAAAUUGGCUUCUGAGCCCAUCAGCUUUGCUUUUCUGAAAAACCUGUAAAAUAACAGUUGAAUUUGGAGUCCCACUCCUUCUUGGGAUUUUAUGGUUCUUGAACAACGUAGGAAAAAUGACUGGUUAAUACACUGGACCUGCUCUGGGUUCAUGCAUUUCAUUGAGGAAUUGGUUUGAGAGUGUAACUAUACUGUGGCUCAGAGACUGUUUUGAGCAUCAAAUGUGUUCGGUUACUCCAUUAGCCUUUCAAUUCUGAAAAUCUGGACUUGAAUCCUGCUUUGAUCACAAAUGAAAUCAAAGGGGUUGCCUGGCCGUACCUAGCAAGAAACUUUAGAUGGGGUAGCAGGACACACAGAUCUGAGCUGAGGUGCACUGGCAGACUGAGAAGGAAGCUUCUGAAACAUCUGUCUAGAAUAUGUCAGUGCUUCUUGAAUUAUAGUGAAUUCUAAUUUCAUAAAUAAAAUAUUAAGAUGAAAAAUUCCAAAGGAAUGGAUUGAGAAGGAGCCCUCUAACAAGGAAGAAUCACCCUCUAACAAGGAAGAAUCAUCUAGGAGGAAGCUUACCAAUUGGGCUGCUAAACUGCACAUCAGCCCCAGAACUGUUAGAGUGAAGUGACUGGAAGACUUAUUGAUCAAAGCAUGUAUGAGCACAAGCAGGAUGCAAUGAACUUUUUUAAUGUUGAAAGUGUCCUUCCACUGUCCAUUUCCUAAAGGAAAUACUUGAAUGAACCUUAUACAGUAUCUAUGUACAGGUGAAGUUUUAUUGACACUGUUCGUAUUAGGAAAAAAUCACCUUGGGAGGCACAGAUAUUUUCCAAAUGCCAUAAUGCCUGUCAGAAGGGAUCUGUAGCACUGCUGCUGAUCUGUGCAGUGUGUUAGUCAGUAUUGUUGUUUGAUGUUCCUCCCUGCCUUGGUACUUCAGACUAGACUUGAAUGGGAGAUGAUUUUUUUAACAGUUGAUUACACUUCACAUCUUUAAAGGUUUUUUUAGAGUUUGACAUGUGUGCAUAUACAAUGGUUAUUCUAUCCCACUUUAAAGAAGGUUGGGCAUUAUCAAACCUUGGGCAAACUAAGAUGUGAUCAAAUGACUUCAGGCCAUAAGGCACUUUUUUUAAAAGGAACUUUGGCUCUAAGCUUCUGAAAGUAUUAUCUUUUGACUUGGAGAUGGGCUAUUCAUUAAGAGGAAAUAUGUCUGUUCAUAGUAUUUAUGCCCAAAUUGUUUUGGCUCCAAAGAAAAUUUUACCAUGGUUUUAUUUUUCUUUCUUUUUCCAUAUCUGUGCAUUAACCCUGACAACUCUUCCAAAUGAGGCUCUUGAUUACAUGUUGGCAAAAGGUACUGACUUUAGCUGUAUCCAACAUACUUGGAACAAAAAAUAGCUAAGACCUUUGAACCUUAACAUGUCAUGUUCUGCUGUUCUGUUUAGAGUAUUUAAGUCAUUCCAGUAUGUCCGAAAUUUUCUAAAAUUCAGUGAACAGUUAAAAGUUGUCUCAUUCUCAUUUUCAGUGUAAUGCUGUCAGACUUACUAGCUCUGUAAGAAAAGCCUAUGGAAUCUUGCAAAGCCAAUCCUGAAUUGCUAGCUACUUCUAAUGACUGCAAAUGUUGUCUGCAUCUGGCCUCUUCAACAGAAGAAGGAGGAUAUGUGGGAAACUGGCACUUUGGUUGGAUAGUGUUUUGAUGGGAGGUUUUGAAGUCAUCUACUGAGAAAUGAGGGACUGUCAUUACUAAUAUUUUUUUUUCCUGGAAUUUUCCACGUAUAUGACAUUUUUUCAAAUAGUAAAGUGAACACAAGGCUAAGACCAACUCUGUUAUACUACAAAAAUGUGGGAUCAACGUAAUUGGAUAUGGUAGUUAAUCUGUAAUUUAUGAUAGUAUUGCUGAAGAGAGAAUUCUCUUUUGAAAACAAAUUUUAUUAUAUUAAUGCAAUUUGGAGCAGGGCUGCUUGGAUGUAUUUACUUGUAUCUGACAAGAAAAAGGGAGAGGCCGUAUCAAGAAGAUUCUUAUUUACUUCUGAUAAGUUACCUUCAUCCUCACUCUUAAGAUGACUCCAGGCCCUUCAAGUAUUUGUAUAUAUCUGAAGGAUUGUGGUUGACAGCUAUACCUUGUAACUGUAAGAAAUGGUAGGUAAGACUACAUGUAUGAUGCACAGAAUGCUUGUGUAGCAAGUCUAGCCUUCUCUUUUUUUUAUAUUUUUUGUUUUAAAAAGUGCAUAUUAACUUAAAAGUAUAUGAGAAAGCACUCCAUAUAGCUUUUGCUGUCCUCCAGCUUAUCUUCCGUUAUUGAUGCGAAGAUUAAAGUUUUAGUAACAAUUAAAAAGUUACAGGACAAUGAGGAGAGAAAAGACUUGCUGAAAGUGCGUGAAAUGGAAAAACAUAGUCCAAUCUUUAUUUAAAAAAAACCAAAAAAUUCUCUUUAAUACAGAAAUAAUACAACCCAGACACUUGGCUGGGCUGCUUUCAUGGGAGGGGAUGUUGCACACUGGAACUCAGACCGUUCUCCAUAGCGAAGUGCACUUGUACGCCAGAGCUGAGAAUAGAUGGGAUCUGUUUCAUAUUAUCAAGCUAGAUGUGGCUCUCUGGCCUUUCCCAGUGUAGUCAGCACAGACUGUAAGUCAGCAUAAUAAGUAUCAUGGGAUUUAAAGUAAUAGUUUAAAUUUAUUAAAACAAAGUACAAUAUUCCCACUUUUUUGGGGAAACAUGAUCACACCUCACAAAACUGUUCUCAAGAUAUCCCACCAUGUGCCUUAAUGUAAUCGUAACACUGGGAAAAAAUUCCUUUUUACACAGGGGCCGACACAAUUGGUCUCAUUAAGCCCUACUUGUUUCAGCAUUUUGGAGGGGUUUAGUUGGUGCGUAGCUUUCAUACUGGCUCUCUCCAGAAGUUGAACCAUUCCCAGGGAUUUUAAAAUUAUGGUGCCAUCUCAGAACUGCCGAAGUGCUAAGCAGGACAGCUUUUUUUUGCCUGUCUUCCAUGUCUUGAGAAAAGCAGCUGCCUGGGGGAUCUAAAUUAAUGCCUUUCUGCCUUCAGAUUAACAUGUAGAGACUUGAAGGGGUGUCCAGGCUGGGUUUUGAUCUAAUCAGCCUCAGAAGUGCCUCUGAGUGAAUUCCUAGUACUACUUGGUUAUGUCUUGUAAUUAUUUCAAUUAUCUGGUCAAUCUGGAAGGAUUUUCUUUGGAUGUCAGUUAAGAUUUCAUUUGGCUAACUAAUAACAUUAACACUUUUCUUGAUGCUGUGGAGUUGGUUUUAUAGGUGAAACGGAUCUCUUCCUGGAAAGAGAGGAAAGGGGGAUUUUUAAAAAAGAAAGAGAAAAAGCUUAAAAGCACAUAUAAGGAAGGGAUGGAAUGGCAGUGGAAACUCUUCUACCUGUUGCCUACAAGUAGGUUGUAUUUCCAGUCACAUCCUGUGAAAGAUGGGUCUACUUACUAAUUUUGCGAAGAUGAGCCAGUACUUUAAAUUUAUUUUUUUUCAAAAAUUAAAAAAUCCUGAAAUGUGACCACAGAAGUCUGUUCUUACAAAAGACCUUUUAAGUGCUGUAGACGGUGUGACCCCAUCCUUCGUGACAUCAUUGUGAUGCUUCUUGGUUUUGUAUUGUGUUAUUGAAGCCUCUUUUUACCAGAAGGGCAUCAUUUUCAGAUACCUGUCUUGCAUCAGGCAAUCUAACACAUCUGAUACACUGGUACGAAAUCACUGAGGAAAUACAAAAUUGGAGUGUUAAAUUUUUCUGAACUAAUGAUUCGUGAAUCUGUUGCUGGCAAUGGAUAUCACAGAACAUGCGGAAGUAAAACCAGACUGAUAACAGAUCCCUGGUGACACAUUUGUAUAUGUUGGGAUUUUAUAUUUCCUCCAGUUGAUCUGGGAGAGCAUGUAGAGACAGACAAGCACCAAUGAUGAGGAGAGCAAAAAGCAAUAUACAAGUCUGUUGACCUAAACAAAAGAAUUCUGUUUUAGACUUGUAAUUUUUGUGCCUUGUCGGAUUCAUUCCAUUUGUGAUGGACUUAACUUUUAAAAAUCAGCUUGUCUUUCAUAUGGCUUUUGAAGUUUGUACAGUUCUGACUCUUAUCACUCCAUAAUAUGCCUGUCUGUCUGUUCUUUGUUGCUGAUUGUCACUGGAAUCACACUGUAUGUAAAUAUUUGCUAAGUCUUUGUAAAAUGUAAUUUAUUUUAAUAUUUUGCAAUAAAAAUUUUACAAUUU